AUGGCGUCCAGGACGCAGGAGGACCUCGCAGCCCUGCAGAAGGCCGUGCUGGCGUGGGACUACUACGCGCUGAUCAAGGGCCGGAGCGAGCCCCCACACCGCGCGGGCAUGCGAAACGUGCCCGACGUCUUCGAUGACGAGCGGGAAUACAUCGACACCUUCGUGCCCCUCCUCCUCGAGGAAGCCCUCGCUCAGGCCCAGCAGGGCGGCGAGGACACGGACAAGGUGCCUCACCGGUGCGUCGUCGCGGAGGCGACACCCCUGGGGGACUUCGUGGAGGUCACCGUGGGCCUCGAGGACGGCGCGCUGUCGAGCUUCGCGCAGAACGACCUCGUGCUUCUCACCAAGGACGACCCCGGCGACGCCGGGCCGGACAACCUCGCCCUGCACGCGCUCGCGCAGGUCGAGGGCGUCAUUGGCGCGCAGCGCGCCCGGCUGCGCUUCUACCUCCCGUCCGCCCCGCCGCCCGCGCCGGCCGCCAAGGCCGGGAAGAAGAAGGCGCAGGGCUCGCCCGCGCGGCUGCGCGUCAUGGCGCAGAGCCUGCAGGUGGUCGGGACGGCGUGGUUCGUGAUGGGCCUGUGCAACCUGUCCACGAUCAUGCGGGAGUGGACGGCCACGCACAGCGUCGUCGAGGUGCCGUUCAAGGACGUCCUGCUGCGCGGGAAGCCCGGGCCGGGGUCGUCGCUGACGCGCCGCCCGCGGAUGGAGAUUCCGCGUGCGAUGGAGGAGGCGAUGCGGCCGCAGUACAACACCCCCCAGAUGGAGGCUGUCAGGUCGGGCCUGGACGGGUCCCCGCUGGUGCUCAUUCAGGGGCCGCCGGGCACGGGAAAGACCUCGACGAUCCUCGGCCUGCUGUCGCUCGUGCUGCACUCGUCGCCCGCCGGCGACAAGGUGAACGGCCAGGGCGGGCCCACAGGGCAGCGGGGCGCGAACGGCGACGCGAGGACGCGGCUGUGGCGGCGGGCGUCGCCGUGGCUCAACGGCGGGUUCAAGGACCUGCGCGACGAGCUGCCGUCGCCCGACGAGCUCCAGCGGUGCGGCAAUGACACGUACGGCAUGGUGCAGCCCGUCACGAGGCGCGUCCUCGCGCCCGGCGGCCCGCGCGCGCGCGUCCUCGUCUGCGCGCCCUCGAACAGCGCCCUCGACGAGAUCGUCCUCCGCAUCAUGUCGAAAGGGCUCCUGGGCGCCGACGGGGAGUUGUACCACCCGUCGAUCGUGCGCGUCGGCGUCAACGUGCACCACGCCGCGGUGCCCGUCCACGUGGACACCCUCGUCGCGCACCGCAUCGGCGCCACCAACGAGCGCGCGCAGGCCGGGCAGCGGCACAGCCUGGGGCUCUCGCGGGCCGAGAAGGACCGUAUCCGCAUGCAGGUCCUCGAGGAGGCCUCCAUCGUCUGCUCGACGCUGUCCUUUUCCGGCUCGGGCAUCUUUGAACGCAUCGCGCGCAGGUUCGACGUGGUGAUCAUCGACGAGGCCGCGCAGGCCGUGGAGCCCUCCACGAUGGUCCCGCUCUCCGUCGGCGCGCGCCAGGUGUACCUCGUCGGCGACCCGAACCAGCUGCCCGCCACCGUCAUCUCGCAGCAGGCGCUGGCCCGCGGAUACCACCAGUCGCUCUUCCGGCGGCUGCAGUCCGUCGGGUACCCCGUGCGCCUCCUCACGACGCAGUACCGCAUGCACCCCAAGAUCCGCGCGUUCCCGUCGAAGCAGUUCUACGGGGGCUCUCUGGUGGACGCUGACGGCAUCGAGGCGGCCACCAGGCGGCCGUGGCACGACCCGCCGUCGGGCGGCGCGGCGGCGUGCUGCUUCGGCCCCCUCGCGUUCUUCGACGUCCAGGGCGAGGAAGUCGUGCCCGGUGCGGGGUCCGGAUCCUCCGUCAGCAAUCCCGCGGAGGUGGCGCUCAUCAUCGCGCUCUACCGGGCGGUCGUGCAGCUGCACCCGGAGCUCGCGGACUCCGGGCGCGUCGGCGUGAUCUCGCCGUACAAGGCGCAGGUCCGCGCGGUGCGCAGCAAGCUGGCGGAGGCGCUUGGCGAGGAGGCAGCGGCAAAGGUCGACGUGAACACGAUCGACGGGUUCCAGGGGCGCGAGAAGGACAUCGUGCUGUUCAGCACGGUGCGCUCGCAGCCCGGGCGGCACAUCGGGUUCGUGUCGGACGAGCGGCGCAUCAACGUCGGUCUGACGAGAGCGCGGUCGAGUCUCCUGGUCGUGGGGAACGCGCGCGCGCUCCUGGUGGACAGCAACUGGCGGGGACUCGUCGAGCACGCCGUCAGCGAGGGAUGCCUGUUCCGGCUUCCGGACCAGGGCGCUGCGGCUCUCCCGCGCGUGCUGUCGGGCGACCUGCAGCCUGUUGUCGCAGGCAGCAAGGCCGCAGCGGAGCUUCUGGAGGAGGUGACGGUGCAGGGAGGCAAGGGGCGCGGGAAGGGCAAGGGGCACAAGAAGCGCGGGGCGGAGGACGCGUCCGAGGAGGGCAAGGGCGCGGCGGCGGAGGACAUGGAUGUGGACGGGGAGGCACCGCGCCCAGCAGAGGCGGAGAAGAAGCCGGCGGCGCGGAAGAAACGGAAGGCUUGA